UGGAGCGGAAGGCUGCAAAACAACAACACUGCUUCGCCAAUAGGAAGUAACUACGUUAGACCUCCGUGUUCAAACACACUGUCAACGGAUCAACAACAAAAACACAGAGCGAAUCGCCGAACCGUUGUCAUUGGGCUGUGGGACAGCCCCAGCCCUGACCCAGUAGGCCGCAGUUUAAGAGAUCCAUUCCUGGAUGCUGUACUUUCAUAGCCGUCCAUUUAGGAUCAAAACAAUAGAGGUGGCCCUCCAUCAAUGUGCUGAUAAUUGACCUCCAGAUCUGGACAGGAGUAAAGACCUCAUCUGUGUGAGAGUGGGACAAGAGGUGAGAUGGAGUCGGAGGAGAUAGAAGGGCGUACUUUAGUGCAGGUGAUCAGUGAGAAGUACAGCCCUGACAAUUUUCCUUACUGCCGUGGGCCAGGGGUCGGAGUGGUAAUCCGGUCAAGCCCCCAGGGUUCACCUGUCAAAGAUCGUCUCAAUCUGCCCAGGAUCCUGGUUUUGGAUGGUUGUGGUAUCACAGAGGCCGGGGAUGAGGAGGAGGUGGCCACUUUCUGUGCUCAUGUGGUAGAGCUAGACCUCUCUCACAACCAGCUGAAAGACUGGGGAGAGAUAAGUAAGAUCCUAUCUUAUACCCCUAACCUGGACUUUCUCAACCUGAGCAUGAAUCCACUGAGAGGGUCGAGUCUGGAGCCUGGAGCUGCCGAAGCCUUCUCUGGCCUCCGCCGCCUUGUCCUCAAUAACACGCAUGUCACCUGGGACAUGGUGCACACGCUCACAGGAGAGAUCCCAGAAUUGGAGGAGUUGUUUUUGUGUCUGAAUGAGUAUGUGAGCGUAAGUGCGUCAUCUGUACCAUGCCCGUCCCUGCGUCUGCUGCAUAUCACAGAUAACCAGCUGCAGGAAUGGGCGGAGGUACGCAAACUGGGCCUCAUGUAUCCAGGCCUGGUGUCUCUUAUCCUGGCUAACAACUCCCUUUCAGCUAUCCACGAGCCCGAGGACUCCCUGCAGAGACUCUUCCCCAAUCUUCGCUGCAUCAACCUACACAAUUCAGGUCUAAGUUGCUGGGAGGACAUUCAGAAACUGAAUUUAUUUCCAAAGCUUCAAGAGGUCAGAGUGUUGGGUAUUCCUUUACUGCAGACCUACACAGAUCAAGAGAGACGCUGCCUCAUGGUGGCACAAUUGCCUGGUGUGACUGCACUGAAUGGCAGUGUCAUCACUGAUGGAGAGAGAGAGGACGCAGAACGCUUUUUCAUCCGUUACUAUCAGGACUGCCCUGAGGACGAGCUACCACAGAGGUACCACACUUUGGUAGCACAAUAUGGUCACCUAGCCCCACUUGCAGAGGUGGAUCUGCGCCCACUCUGCCAUGCUCAGGUUGAGGUCCGUUUUGGGGAGCAGACAGAGCCCCUAGAGCUCAGACUGGAUCAGACUGUGGCAGACCUAAAAAAGCAGUUGAGAGCCAUGAUCCAGCUACCUCCAAACAAAAUACGUGUGUACUACAUCGACCGGCAGCUCGGCUAUGCAUUAGAGCCUCAGGAAAUGAAAUAUGGAGUUCGAGCACUUCAUUCCUACAGCAUCCGAGAUGGAGAUCAGAUCCUGGUGGUGCCUAAGACACAGUGACAAAAGAGAGCUGAACCCACUGCAAAAAAAAAAAAAAAAAAAAGAGAUGUCUCUUCAACGCUGGACUAUGAGGGGCAUCUUGUUCAAGUAAAGGCAGUUGAAUGUUGUGCACUAAGACUGUGCAUAAUUCAAUAGUCUGCUUUAUGUUCAGGACAGAGAGAGAAACAGCGCUACUAAUAGAAGGUCCCUAAAAAAGACUUUGGAUUCGGGAUACAAAGCUUUCUUAAACUUCCACUGCUCUGUUUUCUGCUUCAUGGAUGUGUGAAUCAUCCAUGAAGCAGAAAACAGAGCAGCGCUGUGGACUUUUAAAGAACUGUUUUAACCUUAUUUAAGUAAUAGUUUUCUUGUGCGUUUAUGAGAAUGCUUCUCAGGAAUUACCAAUAUAUAUCUACCCUAAAGAGCAUUUUUACCAGCACAAUUCCAAGGUACACAUAUUAUAUGAACAUUUAGUCUCACACAAUCUACAGCUGUCGUAUUGUGGAUGGAUUUAUGGGAGGGGCAUAUCGGAAGUCUCCAAUUGUAACACCAGCCACAAAGCCACUUCCUCUCUUCUUGAAUUACAACAGAGUCAGCUACAGGUCUGAAACCCUCCAGGGUUUGUAAGCGUAUUUCAUAUACACGCUUUACAUCCACAAACCUGGCUCCUAGCCAUCAUAACCCCCCACUUCUCAUUUGUGUAAAGAGUCCUUGGAGUAUGCAGGUGGAUACAUACAGAGCAUGUGCUGUUGGGUUCUACACCAGCAAUUCCAGCAUUUUUGGCCCUUGUUUGAAAGAAAGAAAACUCUGCAAAACAGACCAAUACGAAUUAAAUCAAGUGAUGACCUGUGCAACACUUUGGCAGGCAUAUUUAUAUUAUAGCUUUAAAAAAAAUUAUUAUUAACUAUUUAAAAAAUGCCUCAACAUUUUAUAGGAUUUACAUAGUCCUCUGCCUUCGUUUGUUGAGCAUUAGGGUACAGCCAAAGAUAAACAGUACUGUGCAAACUUUUUAGGCACUUGUGAAAAAUUUUGCAUAGUGAGGAUGUCUUCAAAAAUAAUGACAUAAAUAGUUUUCGUUGAUCAAUUAACGUCAUACUAAGUCAUACUAAUUGGUUAUUGGCAGAUAGGAUGUUCAAAUCUUCUUUGAGAAUUCACCACAGUUCUUCUAUCUAUUUCGGCUGUCUCAAUUGCUUCUGUCUCUUUAUCCAAUCUCAGAUUGACAUGAUGUUUAGUGGGGGUCUCUGUGGGGGCCAUGACAUCUGUUGCAGGGCUCCCUGUUCUUCUAUUCUAAUCUUUUCUAUUUGAAAAGUAAUGUUUGGGAGUCUUACGUUUAGAUUUCCUAUUGACACACUAAAGCUGAAGAUAUAAAUAAACAUCUUAAGACUAAUGCUUUUGUGAAACAUCUUAUGUGCCUACAACAUUUGCACAGUACUGUAUAUAUCGUCAUUCUUUUUUAUCUAUAACAGUAUAAAUGCUUUUCAGUGCAUUCAGAGAACGUGAUUUUUCAUUGCCAUGCCCCUGUUCAGUCUGAAUCUAAAUUGUAUUAAGUAAUUUGAGAAUGUCCCACACAAUUGUAAUAUGUUACUGUAAAUGUCCCACAAAGAUGGUUUCAAUAACUCAUUUUAAAACAUCUUAACAAAUCAACGUCUUAUUUCAGUACAUAUCAGUAUAUACAUUUUAGGAGAUGGAUUACAAGGGGUUGUCCUGUUCAUUCCCAUACCGUUUCCCAGCAGAAUGGCUAUAAUGUUGGAGUGACUUAUAUAGCAUAGACUCCCUCUUUAGUUACCAAGUUCUCCCUAUGCAACCCUAUACCAGUGUAGGGUGUUAACAGGGAGCUCAGAAUCCAUUAGGGGUUCAGAUUAACUGAAGCGGUUAUGUGUAUAUUACCCCUAUUGAUAGGAGAAGAGCUUGCAUGGAUAUUAUAAUCAGACAUUGAGAAAGCGUUGUUACAAUGUAACCACAUAUGUCAAACUGAUGAUUUGUUAUUGUCGUAUUGGCAAAGACACAGUGCCCAGUCCAGCUCCUGUUUAUGCUCAAAUCUAUACAGUUGUGCUCAUCGGUUCCAUCACUGUUUCAUUUCUGUCCCAUCAAUGUAAAUUGAGCUUGAUUGUCAUAUUUUUUGCCCAAAUCCUAUGAUUACACCAUAUUGUUGCCACAUUUAUUUGCCUCCUCCCUGUGUAAUUUUACUCUUCGCUGAUCAUUGGAAAUCCUUAAAAUGCUUUGGAAUGUCCUCAUUUGGAUAGUAACCUUGAACUAUGGCAAUGUCUCACUAGUACCACAAUGUUUGAUUUUUCUUUCAUACACAAAUUAUAGUCUGUUCACUUUCUGCACCCCUUUAUCUGGGCUUUCAGUGGUGCCUGUGUCUGUACAAGUUUCUCACUGCACAUGUUCUGUUCCCUUUGUGUUUGGUUGUGGUGAAGACACUUGAUCCUCUCUGUUCUACUCCCAAAGGGCAUCUGGCCUCUAAUGCCAAAAUGUUGUAAACAGAGCAGGUGCUGAGAUAUUUACUUUAUUAUUGUUGGGUCUGUAUAAUGGGUUAUUCUGAGUUUUAAAAAGGUCAUUGGCUUGUGCCAUGGAUACUAAUGCAGUGUUAAUGAUUAUGUGAAUGUUGACAUGGGAGAUAGUUCUCCCAAAGGUGUGAUAUUUGUGUUAUUAAUUGAAUGGUAUUUAAUGCUACUAUGAAAUUCUGUGUAAUGAGAUACAGAAAAAUAAAAAUAAAUAGUAGCCAAGGCUUUG